AAAAAAUUGAGGUAGAUCAGGCAUACGUGAAUUAUAUUAGGAAUGUAUACUUUUUGAAAUCGAGAGUGGAAUUAUUGUCCAACAGUCAAGGUCAAGAAGUGUCUUGUUUCAGAUAAAGAUUUAUUUUUUAGGAUAUCGGUCAUUUAAGUAUCAAAAAUAUUGUUAUGCAUCCAAACUUCAAUACGAAAUCGUAUAGACGUUGAAAAAAAGCAACGAUUAAAGAUUCUACCCAUUGAAAAAAAGAAUGUUUUUAAAAUACUGUCGAUACACUGUCCAAAAAUUGAGUAAAUUAAAAACAAUAAGUUCAGUGAGAAAUGUUGGAAGUGAAGCUACAAAUAAUGGUAAAUUUGAAGAGGUCGAAAUAAAAGUACCAUGGGGUAAAAUAUGUGGUAAAUAUUGGGGUCCUCAAGAUGUACAACCAAUCAUUGCUAUUCAUGGAGGUCGUGACAAUGCUUGUUCUUUUGAUCCAAUAGCCAUAAGAUUACCUGAAAAUGUAUCCUUAUUCGCAGUAGAUCUUCCAGGACAUGGAUUAUCUAGCUGGAUUCCACGCGGCAUGCAAUACACAGCACUUUUUAUUGUUCAAAUAUUUGACAGAGUUAGAGAACAUUUCAAAAUUAAUAAGCUCAAAUUAAUGGGACAUUCAUUGGGAGGAAUAACAUCAUUUCUGUACACAUCUAUAUAUCCGAAUGAUGUAAAAUACAUCGUAGCCCUUGAUAAUUAUAAACCAAUAACAUAUAUAGCUUCAGCUCUUUUACCUAUGUCUCUUAGAUAUCGAGAAGCUUUCUUUAAAAAUGAAAAAUCACCCGAUCCACCAGCAAAAUAUUCUUAUGAAAAUGCCAUCAAAAAAAUGAUUGCGAUUUCAAAAAAUUCAUUAGACGUAGCGACGAGUCAAAUAUUAAUGGAAAGAGGAAUGACAAAGAAACCCGAUGGCUCAUUAUACUUCAAUGAGGAUCCAAGAGUAAAAUUUCUUCCAUUUGAUUUGUCUUCUACUGUAGAUCAAAUGAAAAUAUUCGCCAAACAAUUUCAUUGUCCAUUUCUGUUUAUUAAAGGCGAUCAGUUUAAUCGAAUCGAUAAUAUGGAACGUUAUUACGAAGUCCUCGAAGUAAUUGAAAAACAUUCAGAAGAUUUUCAACAUCAUUCAGUAGCUGGUACUCACCAUUUUCAUAUGGGCAAUCCUAAAAAAGUUGCCGCAAUUAUAAAUCCAUUUAUCUUAAAACAUGUUGAUUGAAUAAUUUAAAUACAUUAAUUUUAUAAAAAAACUACAUCAAUAAAAUGAUUUUUUGACUUA